AUGCUGCUGAUUCCGGAUACUGAGGGCAAACCGACGCGAGCUGCCACAUACUUCAACGACCUCCACACUGACAGUGCAGGAUCCAAGCUCCGACACUUCAGAGAGAUCCACCGUAAAACUGGAAUUCCUUACGAGCAGAUGCACAGAAACUUUGAAGUUGAGGAUCUCGGUGUGACGAUGCAGUUUGUCAAGACGGGCGUCGACCGCAAGACUUUUGAGGAGGGUCUUGCCCUCUGGCGCCAGCGCCGCGGUAUCAAGGUGCAGCGUGAAUAG